CCAAUCCGCUGCACGCUUUGUCCUUCAUCGCCUAUGUUCUGAAUAGAAGCCUUGGCAGUCCACGCCGCUGCAUCUACCCAAACCGGAGAUGUGGCGGGGGCCCAAGCUGCAAACAUAAAGCGUCGCCUACCGCCGUUUCCUGCCCCCCAUCCUUUGCCCUCCACCACCAUCCACCACCAGCACGCGCUGAUCUGUACCCUCCCAUACUCCAAGGCUGUAUACAGACUCUUACUAGUCCCUCGGUAUGGCGGCGCGUUCUGCUGUGGCGUCUGCGCUUGCUCCCGCUACACUAGUGAACGCUCUCGGCGCGUUGAAGGAGCGUGUCACGGCUUUGUUUCCUCUCAGGGCCUCGCGCUACAUCCCUCCCAUGACCUCCACGAUCCAGACGCGUCCGGACGCCUCGACGGACGAUAACAACAGCGACGCGGCGUCGCCACAUCUGCUGGGAACUGUCAUCGCUACGUCCAUUGGCUUUGGACAUGCAUCCCCUACCAACCCCGAACGUCACCACAACAUCCUCAGCCUUCUAGGCCUUAGGAUAGCCAAGCCGUUCACGUCGGUCCCCAUUACAGUACCCAACAACGUCGAUGUGGCGCUUGACAUGACCAUCGACGACGAAACGCCACAAUCCAACACAAGCGUGUACUCGAGGAUCAUGGUCAGCGUUGCGGUACAAGUCUCCCCUCCAUCGUGUCAGCUUUCCUCUCGAUCGUCAUUGUCCUCAUCUUCGUCCUCCGACUCCGAUCCGCCCUUCGAGUGCUUCACUCCCCUGACUACCGGUGUCGAGCUCCACGGUCCGCAGAAGGUCCUUACCCUUGAACCUCCCUUACCCCUCGAUGAUCCCCUUCCGACCAGCAACAGUGUUGCAUGCGCUUCCUACAAAGAACACAUCCUAGUGUUGCACGAACGAAUGGCCUUGUUGGGGAAGGUCUACGAAGAAACGGCCGAGUUGGCUAUUCAACGCCACCACCUCGCCGAUGCGGUUUCAGGGAACGAGGAGGAGGCCUACAACACUGACUCGCUGCUGAGCGACGUCACAGACGCUGUAGACGUGAUCCUUCAAACUCUUGAGGCAUUUCUUGGAUCCAAGGAUGAAGGCAUCGCUGCCGAGAGCGACAUUGGCGUACUCCACGACACCGACACACUGCCCUAUACCGAGGUCCCUCCCGACGCCGGUGAUGACUCCGAUGGCACAGGCCUGUCGGUAUUCAAUGGCCACGCAGACUCUGGCACCCAGCCAGCCGCUACAACGGACGACGAUGAGCCGCAGGUACCCGCUGCCCUUUACAACCGUCAUACGAACCGUUACUAUCAAGUGAAUGGCAUCAUCGGAUGCGGUGGGUUCGCGCGCGUCUUCGAAGUCACGACUGUUGACGGCCACUACUUCGCGGUGAAGAUUGUACACAAAGCGAAGGCGUAUCGGGCAGCCCACAUGCGGGAUAGGCUACUAGACGAAAAGGGGAUCAUGAGCUCAGUCACCCAAAACGCAUGUGCGGGAUUAAUUCCGUUGAUUGAAAGUUGGGAGGACGAAGAAAACAUCUACUUUGUCAUGCCCUUGUGCCGCGGGAGCCUAACACGGUACAUCAGCUACAAGGCUUUCCUUGCUCGUGAAGAUCCAUAUCGCAGACAGCCUGAAUGGGAGGUAUUACCCGGCGAAGACAAGUACUUCUGUGCGGAAUCGGUCUUCUCGGUCUGGCAACUUCAUACUGCCGGCAUCAUGCACCGGGAUAUCAAACCGGAAAACUUCCUUCUCGAUGGAGACGGUCGAUGCAUCCUCGCUGACUUCGGCAUAGCAUCCAUUACCCAUCCCGAUCCAGCUGUCUUUGAGCGCACCAGGGUGUCCGAGAACUGCGGAACAGAAGCAUACAUGGCUCCAGAACAACUUCUAUCCUUUGACUACGACUUCAAGGUCGAUAUCUGGCAACUCGGCUGCAUGUGGAUUGAGCUCCUCGCAGGCUCGGAAAUCAGUGCGACUGCAUACCUACCGGAGCAGUACUAUGACCUCCUCAGCCCGACAGAGCUGCAGCAGGAGGUGCGCAACAUUAUCGAGGUGCUCCUUUGCGACCACCCUGCGCUCGACUUGGUCAUCGCGAUGACCGACGUCAACCCAGCCAAGCGGCCUACCACUGUUCAGAUUAUGAGCCACGAGUGGUUUGAUGGCGUGGACUGGAGCGCCAUCGGGUGCAGCGCCGGGACCACUCCGUACCAGCAUCGUUUCUUCGCGGACUACGAAGUCCCAUCGAGCAAGUGUUCGGUGAAUUUCCUCACCUAUGAAAUGUGCCGGACAUCGGGCAUGAUGGUCCAGCGCACGAGUCCGAGCAGACUAGAGGCUCGGGCCAACGUAGUGGACCAGUGCAGGAUGUACGACACGCAGCCGCAAGCCUUCGCCUGGCCCAUUGAGUCCGCCAAUUGAACUCACGCUUUCUGAAGCCGCCGCUUCGUAAGCGAAUAGCAUACUUCGCCAAAUAGUUCGCCGCGAUAGAGGCCCCUUCCCACUGU